AUGAGUAUUGGUCCAUUUGAUGAUAAUAUAGAAGAUGAUGGAAAUAUUACAACUACAACAUCUGAAACUAUUACAAAUUUAAAUCAAUUAAAUACUAAUGAUAUAAUUAAUAAUAAUGACAACAAUAAUGAUAGUGAUUCUUCAUUAUCUUCAGGAUCAGAUUCAAUUCAAUCAUCUACCAAGAAAACAUAUGUAAGAAGAAAAACACCAAUAAGAUCAUAUAAUCAUGUAAUUAAUCAUGAACCAAAAGAUCAAAAUGAGGAAGAAUCAGAUGAAGAUGAAGAAGAAAAAGAAGAAGAAGAAUAUGAUUCAGAAUCAUUACAAAAAAUUACUGAAAAAAGACAGCUAAUUAAAGAAUUACUUGAUGAACUUGAUUGGAAAGAAGGAGAUUAUUGUUAUAUGAUAUCAAAGCAUUAUCUAGAUUUACUAUUCAAUGAACCAGUUAAAACAUGGCAACAAUUAGUUGAUAAAGUUGGACCAAUUGAUUCACAUUUAAUUUUAGAUCAAAAUGAAAAUUUAUAUAGUAUAAAUGAAGAAUCUAAUGUAUCAAUACCAGUUUCAGAACAAAUUUUCAGAUAUUUAAAAGAUUGGUUUCAAAUAAUUGGAAUACCUGUUCAAAGAAAUUUUAUAUAUUUAAAUGAAGAAUUAAUAGUUGAAAGAUGGCCAUUAACUUUUUCAUUACAUCAAAUUGGUAAAAAACAACAACAAUCUUAUUUUAGAAGUGGUAGAUAUAAUAAUAAUCAUGAUGUUGAAGAAACUCCUUUAAUAUUUCCAAUUUCAAGAACCUCCACAUUCUUAUUUUUAAUUGAAAGUAUAAGAUAUUAUUUAAAACUUUCGAAAAAGCCAAUUGAGGAUUUUAGAUUAUGGUUUAUUGUAACUGGUGAUGAUUCAAACAGUAUUCCAUAUUUAAUAACUCCACAAAAUUUUAUAUUCAAUAUUAAGGGUAAAUGCACAGUCGAUAAAUCAUUUUAUGACUUUACUUUAGGUGAAAAAGUAAAUGAUCAAUAUUUUCCUAUUCAUAUUGUUAUAGAAUAUAAAGAAAAAGCAAAUUCUGAAUUUCCAAUUGAUCAGUAUAUAAAAACAAAUACUUCAUCACUUCAAGAUGAUAAUAAUAAUAAUACUAGUGUAGGAGGUCAUAUGGGAUUAUCAAAUUUGGGAAAUACUUGUUAUAUGAAUUCAGCAUUACAAUGUUUGUUACAUGUUCCAGAAAUUAACCAAUAUUUUUUCCAAAAUAUAUAUCAAGGAGAAUUAAACUUAGAUAAUCCAUUAGGUUAUAAUGGUGAUGUUGCAAAUGCAUUUGGAUCUUUAUUAAAACAAGCGUUUGAUCCUCACAAGACGUCAUCAAGUAUAUCGCCUAGAGAAUUUAAAUCAACUAUAGGUAGAUAUAGUUCAAUGUUUUCUGGAUAUUUACAACAAGAUUCUCAAGAAUUAUUGAGUUGGUUAUUAGAUGCAUUACAUGAAGAUUUAAAUCGUAUACAUAAGAAACCAUAUUGUGAAAAACCAGAAUUAAAUGAUGAUGAUAUAAAAAACUCAGAAGCUAUAAUUAAUUUAGCAAAUACUUGUUGGCAUCAACAUAAACAAAGAAAUGAUUCAGUUAUAAUUGAUUUAUUUACUGGAUUAUAUCAAUCUACUUUAGUUUGUCCAGAUUGUGAAAAAACUUCCAUAACAUUUGAUCCAUUCAAUGAUUUAACAUUACCAUUACCAAUAAGUAAAAAAUGGUAUCAUACUUUUACAAUAGUUGAUUUAUCACCUGAAGCUGCAUUACCACAAAGAAUUAUGAAACUAGAAGUGGAAUUGAAUAAAACAUCAAAUUAUGAAGAUUUAUUAAAUUAUUUCUCCAAUUUUUUAAAAAUUGAUAAUUCAAAUUUAUUCAUUUAUGAAAUAUUUCAACAUGGUAUAUAUCAAGAUUUUCAAGUGGAUAGAGUUAAAAACAAAUUUAUUCCAAUUGGUGAUUUAAUUAGAGAUACUGAUGAAAUUACUGUUUAUAUUAUACCUAAUAAUCCGGAAGAAGAUAUCAUUGUACCGGUUUUCAAUGUUGCAGAAGAUGAAGAUACUCUGUAUCGUAUGAGUAAUUUUUUUGGUAUACCCUUGUUUUCAACUUUAAAUAAAGAUCAAUUGAAUAGUUUUGGAUAUAUCAGACAAAAACUUUUAACUUUAGCAUCAAUUUUAACUACUUAUGACCUUUCUGAUGAAUAUGAAAAGCAUAAAAAAACCGUUUAUCCAGAUUAUGUAAAUAAAAAUUAUUAUUCAAAACUGGAUUUCAAAUAUAUUACAUUUGAAAACGACGACGUACCAAAAAAUGAGCAAGCGAUGGAUGAUGUUGAAAAUGAUGGAUAUGAUAGUGAUGUAUCAUUGGCCGAUCCUUAUGUUAACAGUGAAUAUGGAUUCAAAGUCAAAUAUAUUCAAGAUUAUAGCAGUAAAAGUUGGGUACCACAAUAUAAAAGUCGUUAUCAUUUGAAUAAUACCACCACAACUACAAAACAACAACCAGAAAGAUUAAUUAAUGUUCCAUUACAUAAACCAACAGUAUCAGAUUUUCAAUUAUUAUCAGAUCAAUUACCAGAACCUAAAAAAUCAUAUUAUCGUUAUUCAGAAGAUGAAAAUAAACCAAAUCAAGAACCACCAAUAACAACGGAUGAAGAGAUGCUGGCAUCAAAUUCUCCAGAAGUUAUAUCAUUACAAAUUUCAGACAAGAGUGAUGAAAAUGAAGGAUUUGUAGUUGUUGAUAAAUUAGAUAACACUACCAAAAAAUUUCCCACAACAACAUUUGACUCAAAUGACGAAUUUGAUUCUCGAUUAGUCCAACAAAGACCACUUCCACCACCAUUACCUUUAAGAAGUCAAUUAUUAAGAUCAACUAAUUCAUCAGAUGAAGAAACUGAAAGUGAAAAUAAUUAUGGGAAUUUAUUUGGUUCAAAUUCAAAUUUACCUGAACCUCCUGCUUCAAAUCCAUAUUCUGAAUCUUUAAAACCAUCAAAUGUUAAUUCCCCUAUAGAACCAAAUUAUGAUGAGGAAGUACCUCAGCAAGAGCAACCACAACAACAACAACCUCAAGAAAAUCAAACUUUAGUAAACAAAAAUUCAAUCUUAUUAUGUGAAUGGGAUAAAACAGUUUAUGAUAAUUUAUUUGGAUCAGACACAACAAACACCCUUUUAAAUAUUGAAAAAUUAUCAAAUCCAGAAUUAGAAAACAACAAGGCUAAAUAUCAAAAAUUGAAAAAGGCAAAAAUUACAUUAGAUGAAUGUUUAAAAAGCUUUAGUACUCCUGAAAUAUUAGGUGAACAAGAUUUAUGGUAUUGUCCAAGAUGUAAAUCACAUAAACGAGCCACCAAGACAAUUCAAUUAUGGUCAACUGGUGAUAUUUUAACUAUACAUUUAAAAAGAUUCCACAGUGCUAGAGCAUUCAGUGAUAAAAUUGAUUCAGUUGUUGAUUUCCCAAUUGAAGGAUUAGAUAUUAGUUCUUACGUUGCUAAUCCAACAAUUAAAGAUGGUGAUUGCAUAUAUGAUUUAAUAGCAGUUGACAAUCAUUAUGGGGGUUUAGGUGGUGGUCAUUAUACUGCAUCAGUUAAAAAUUUUAAAGAUUCAAAAUGGUAUUAUUUUAAUGAUAGUAGAGUUACUGAAAUUGAAAAUCCAAAUGAUGUAAUUUCAAGUGCCGCUUAUUUAUUAUUUUAUCGUAAAAGAACCACCACUGACAAAUUAGGUGGUGAAAAAUUAAAUCAAUUAUUAAUUGAUGGUGAUAUAAAAUUUAAAUAUGAAUUAGCUCAAAAACAAGAUUCAAUUACCAAAAUUGAACAUGAAAUUAUAAAAUUCCAAAAAUCAUUUAUCGAAGAAGAUCAACAACAACAAGAAGAUCAAGUUGAUGUAUCAACUCAAGAUGACGUAAUCAAUUAUGAUGAACUCCUUGAUGACAUUGAUAAUCAAUUAAACAACAGUGUCAAAGAAAUUAAAGUAGAAACUCCAGUAACUCCACCAACUGAUGAAAUUGAACCAAUAAAAGAUUCAAAAGAAGAAAUUGAAUUACAACAACUUACAAAUACAGAAUCUAAUGAUGGUACUGAACUUUCUAGUGGGAUUUCUAGUGGGAAAGGAAGUAUCAAAAAACAAAGAACUUUACUGAAACAUGGUGAUGAUAUUGUUAAAAGGCAAAAAAUGAGUUCAAGUCCAAUUAAAGAUUAA